AUCGGCGGGAUGGACAAACAUCACAUCGCUGAAUGGAGAGAAGCGCGGACGUCGCACUGCUUGCAACAAAAGCAAAAUGAUCGACUUUUUAUAGUUUUAGCUCGUGUUUUGCGUCGCGGGGGUGGCUCCGAGUACACGAGUGACGACGAGGACGUAGUUACUUUACUCUAUUGAGGGAUGUUGCCACUUAUCCGCUGGCUUUUAGCGAAGAGAAAGUAAUAAUGGCGACGCGAGAUGGCUAGCUGAAUAAUGCUAACUCGACCAGAAAGCGAGCACCCGAGGACACUUCUAUGGACGAGCGUUCACAUAUCUGGCGUUUGAGCGACCUGAGGAGCGAUAACACGCGGGAGAGGCCCGCGCAUCCAUCCCGGCGUCUGGCAUGGACAACGUGAGGUCGUCACGCAGCCACGACAAGGACGACGAGGCGCACUCCGCAGAUCCCGACACUAAAGAGAGGAGCAAAGACAAGAAGGUUUUGUGCAAAGUGAAGUGGUCCCGUGACGAGGACGAAAAGCUGAAAAAGCUGGUGGAGCAACACGGCACAGACACGUGGAAAUUAAUCGCCAACUUUUUUCCCGGGAGGACAGAUGGCCAGUGUCAGCACCGCUGGCAGAAGGUGCUCAACCCGGAGCUGGUGAAAGGCCCCUGGACAAAGGAGGAGGAUCAGAAGGUGAUCGACCUGGUGCACAAGUACGGGCCGAAGCGCUGGUCGGUCAUCGCCAAGCACCUGCAGGGCCGCAUCGGCAAGCAGUGCCGCGAGCGCUGGCACAACCACCUCAACCCCGAGGUGAAGAAGUCGUCAUGGACGCAGGAGGAGGACCGGAUCAUCUACGAGGCCCACAAGCGGCUGGGCAACCGCUGGGCUGAGAUCUCCAAGCUCCUUCCUGGACGGACGGACAACUCCAUCAAAAACCACUGGAACUCCACCAUGAGGAGGAAAGUGGAGCAUGAAGGCUACCUGCAGGACGCCAGCGCCAAGACGUGCAAGUCUUUCCACGACGGCGGCGCCAAGAGGCGCCAUCACUCGCCGGGUCCUCCCACGACACCCACCGGGGCGCAGCGCCGCGACCGGAGCCCCCUGGCCCCCGUGGCGGCGCCCAACCAGAUGGCGGGCUAUCAUUUUUCUGCUCAAGGGCGCCACCCGAUGGACACUUUAGGUUUCAUGCCGCCGCCCUGCCCGGAUGAUCCCGACAGAGAGCAAAGAAUUAAGGAGCUCGAGCUGCUGCUUAUGUCAGCCGAGAGCGAAGUCCGGCGCAGAGGUCCUUGUAACUUGGAGCAGUACUCGGCCUGGUCGGACGGCACGCGGGAUACGGCGAGCGGCGACAGCCUGGAGGCGCGGGCCGACGGGAGGUCCUGGUCAGAGCCGGAGAACCCGCGGGAAGACCGAGGCCCGCUGCCCACAUCCCCCAGCAAGUUCUUGGCUGUGGAGGCCAGCGCGGUGCUGUCCACCCUGCAGACCAUACGGGACUUUGCGGAGACCAUGGAUCUCAUCGAUUCGGACCCGGCGGCGUGGAGCGACAUUGCAAGUUUCGACCUCUCGGAAACGGCGGCGGCGCCCCGGCACGACCAAGCCGUCUUCGCCACGCUCCUCGAGGAGAGCACGGCCGACGCCUCGGCCGGCUUCUUGGUGCACGCGGCCUGCCCGACCACCUCCUCCGCCAAGGCGUCCGCCACCAGGAGGAGGCGGAGAGAGCGGGGCGAACCCUCUCCUCUGUGCGACAGGACUUAUCCCUCCUUAUUGGAAAACAUUUCCAACUCGCCCAAGAGGACGCCCAGCAACUCCCUGCCAUUCACGCCGUCGCGGUUCUGUAACACAUCAGCGGCGGAGCAUCUGAACUUGGACAACCCGGCGCUGACCUCCACGCCCGUGUGCGGUCAAAAGUGCCUCCUCAACACGCCACUUCACAAAGAAUCCACCCCCAAGCACCAGAAAGAGAACGAUGGUUCCAGGACACCCAAGUUUCGUAAAACGGUCGUGUUUCCGACACCGAGGACGCCGACGCCCUUCAAGAACGCCUUGGCGGCGCAGGAGAAAAUGCACGGCCCGCUGAAGAUGGAGCCGCAGCCAUUGGCUUUUCUGGAAGAGGACAUCCGCGAAGUUCUCAAGCAGGAGACCGGGGCCGACAUCUUUAACAGAACGACCGUUUUGCAGCCUGACUACAGAACGUGGAAACAAAACAUGGACGGUCCAGCGAGAAAAGUGCGCAAGUCACUGGUGCUGGACCCAUGGGGCAAAGACUGCCUUAGUGUGCAGCUCUUCCAGGAUCAGCUCAAUAAUGCACAAGUUCCGGAUGAGAGUCUCCUGUCCAGCUCCUCUCUGAGCUCCCCGCCCUCCGAACAGCAGCAGCAGGGUGAGGCGGCGGAGCAGGAAAGUCUUCAUCCUUCGGCGCAGCAGAGGGAGGCUCCUUCGGUAUCAUCGCAGCACCCUCGCCGCUGUGUCGAGAAGAAGAGCCACAAAGUGGCCAAACAGGUCAGCGAGUGGGAAGCGGUGCUGUACGGCAAGACGGAGGACCAGCUGAGCAUGACGGAGCAGGCGCGCCAGUACCUGAUCCCGUACCCGUCCCCGGGCGGCCCCGCCCCCAGGGCCCUUGUGCUAUAGGCACGCCCUUUCCGAAGAUCAAAAGGCACCGUUUCCACCCCAACUGAAUCCGCUUCUCCAAAUCCCGUAAGAGACAAUCCAGUUUCUUUGCCGUUCAGCUGUUUCUUUUGUUUAUUAUCCGACCUGUUUUCUUUAUUUUUAGUCUGCACUACUCCAUCCUGAAGGAAUCCGAUGCGAUAAAUUUGAUCCCCUCGGAUUGCCUCCCCGCAGCCGUAACGGGGUCACCGGGGGGGUCUUGUCAUAGUUUGAGCAUAAACUGGAUAGCACUUGUGAUUGUUUUUAGUUUUUAAACAAAACGUCCCUUGAUCAACAGCCGAGUUGAAUGUAUUUGGAUGUAACAGGAAGGGUACCUUAAUAUUGAGUUUGUUGUAUUUAUUACUAUCAUUAUGGCUUAGAUAUUAAUAUAAAAUGGACAACCGUGGAAGUGAGUAGUCAAACUAAAAAUCAAAAGGUUGGCGUACGGACAGUGUUUGCUCCGAGCAGGCUGUAGCUGUUAUUUAUUUACUAAUUUAUUUAUGUCAACAUUUUUAAAGAGCAACUAUUGAAAUAAUUUUUUUUUAUCAUCACAAUCGGCCUAUACAUCAUAUUUAAGAUCAUUCCGACCAGUCAGCACCCGGCCAGUUAUCAUUUAGUCGCGUGUUCUUUAUCUUUUUAGAUGUCCAUAACCAUAUUUCUGACCUCUAAUCAUAGACAAAUUGCACUUUUUUUUUUAUUAACUUUGAAAUGAUUUCAUUUUGUUUAUGAAGGUGUAGCUUUUUUGUGUAUUAGUAUGACUCCUCUUUCCUAAAUUGAAUACAUGAAACAAAUUGGAACAUCAUGUCGUUCGAUCGAAAUGAGAAAACGAUGAUGGGACGUGCGAGUUUUUUGUUUUUUUUUUUUAGAUCUGAAUAUGUUAAAAAAAACAGGGAUUCAUUCGUAAUGGUACUCAUAAAAUUGUCACGAUACUACGCAGCAAUACUGCAUGAUAUAAUUUCUGAAUAGCAGCAAUAUCAGAUGUGUGGGGACUUCAAAUUACACUCUACAAAAUGGAUGGCAUGAUCAAGUAUCAGUACUUUGUAUUGGUGAGUACUCUAAUAUAAAUACUUGAUUACAAAAAAAAAAGUAGUAUCAAUGCAUCCCCGUGAAGAACCAUUUCGAGGGCCGUACCCAUCCCGGAUUUAAAGUAUCACUACUGCCGUCUUUUUGUGUCCUAAUCUGGAUUAUCCCGGAUUACAAGCGAGAAUAAGAAGGGAAUCUUGUCAGGGAGAUCAAGUGGAAAGAUGAAGAGAGUUUGUGUGUGUCUAUGAAUACAUGUUAAUGUUUUGUUGUGAUUUAUAGGAAGGGAGUGGAUACAGUACACAGUAUAAUGACACAAAUGCAAUAGAAGCAAAGCAAUACUACUGUAAUCAUGCGUAACGCUGGCUGUCCUUUGGAACAGUAUUUUGUAGCUGCCCAUUUCUACCUGCUCUGCAUUUUGGGACAAUUAAAUGCAAUUUGUCGCCCGGAA